AACGGGCCUAGGGAAGGGCCUCUGCUCCAGUCGAUAUUUCAGUGCUAGGAAGCCCCAUUCAUCAGCUAGCUGAGAAUUUUGCACCAUCUUUGCUCAAUUUCGACCAGCGCCAUAGCGCCCUCCAGCCGAACCCAAUCAGACUGAACAUUUUGACUAGGAUAAACGUAAAUGGCUUCCGCAGUCGCAUUCCAGGCCGGCGUGCUCCCUUGCAAAGACCUCGCACCUCUCCUGCUUGCUUCGAAGAAGCAGCAGUCCCUGUCCAGCUCAGCGCGCCUUGCGGCUAACACCCAAUUAGCCUCCCAGACAUCUCCAUUCUCCUCCGCCUCUCCCGUCGCUUCGCGUCGAGUCCGCGUGUGCGCUUCCGCAGAUAGGAGCAAUGAUGCUGGGUCGUCUUCCCGCUUCCGCCUCCGCGCCCGUCUCAUUGGCACACUUCCCCGCCAAGCUGACGGCUUCCGUCACGGAAGCCGUCAAGGCCGCCGUCAAGCCCAUCCUCGCAGCGGCCCUCAUCGCCUUCGUCCUCACCGGCGCGCCGAACGACGCGCUCGCCGCGCAGGGCGGCGGGCGCGUCGGCGGAAGCUCCUUCUCCGCGUCGCGCGCAAACACCUACGCGCCGCCCGCCGCGACGUACGGCGCGCCCGCGCCGGUGAUCGUGGCGCCGCCCGUGGUGCCGUUCUUCAUGCCGACGCCGUUCUUCGGGUUCCCGUUCUUCGGCCCCACGAUCUCGCUGGGCGGAGGCGGCGGGCUGUUCGGGUUCCUGAUCCUCGGGAUCGCCGUGUUCUUCAUCGCGCAGACCGUCAUGGGGUUCCUCGCGGACUCGGCGGAAGAGGAGGUGUGGGCGGAGACGCAGCGGAGCAGUGUCGUGAGGCUUCAGGUGGGCCUGCUGGGCACGGCGAGGAAGCUUCAGCGCGACCUGGACCAGAUGGCGUCGCGCGCUGACACCGGCUCGCAGGAGGGGCUGCACACUAUCCUGCAAGAAACCGUCCUGGCUCUGCUGCGCAACCCCGACUACUGGCAUCUAUGGCUUCACCUCGUCCGAGACUGCGAACGACUCGUACGAGGGCGAGGCGGCAUUCAACCGCCUGAGCAUGGGCGAGCGCAGCAAGUUCAAGGAGGAGACUCUUGUGAAUGUUGGUGAUGUGCGGAAACAGUUGGAGCGCCAGCCAAGCGAGCAGCGAAUGAACAGCGAAUACAUUG